AUAUUUAAGUCAGUUUCCUAAGGAAAAAAAAAAAAAAGAAAAAAAAGUCAGUUUCCUUACAGGGUCUCUGUAUCCUCUUCGACUGUAAUCAAUCAACCAUGGAGUUCCUAGAUGAGGACGCAAGACCUAGAUUCGUCUUCCAGUCUCGCCCAAUUCCUUCUUCCAACGCCGAUCAGGAAAACCAACAAAAACCCAUUAACAAACUACUUGUCUUCAUUACAAUUUCCUUCUCUUCCCUUCUAUUGAUUCUUUCUAUUCUUUAUCUCCACAUUGAACCCUUCAAAUCUCUCCUCGUUUGGGUCUCCAUCUCCUUUCUCAUUGGACCUUUCGCCCCGUCUCGCGUCACUGGCGGUGAUAUUCGCGUCGGUCAAGGGCCGAUCCUCGAGCCCCUUGAUGAGGAACCUGAAAUCGUAACUGAGAAGAGAGCGCCCAAGAAGCGAUCGAAACCGAUCAGAUCUGAAGAAAAUGUUAUGGGUCCAAUUCCUGCUGUAGAAACGACAAAGGGGUUGUCAAUUAGGGAAAGAAAGAGAGAAGUUUUGGCAAACAGUGGAAAUGGGGUGGUGGCAAAUGAAGGAGAGAAAGAGUGGAGUGAAGAAGAUCUGGAAAUAUUGAAGAAACAGAUGGUGAAGAAUCCUGUGGGAAAACCAAGGAGAUGGGAGGUAAUUGCAGAGGCGUUCAGUGGGAAACAUAGAGUGGAGAGCGUGAUAAAGAAAGCAAAAGAAAUGGGGGAGAGGAAGUUGGAUGAUAAUGAUUCAUAUGCAAAAUUUUUGAAGAACAGGAAACAAUUGGACACAAGAGUUCAAUCUGAGAUUGGUGAAACUAAGAAAGAUAAUGAUGGUGAUGGCGGUGUAGUGGGGUGGAGUGCAGGAGAGGAUAUUGCAUUGCUAAAUGCACUGAAAUCAUUUCCUAAGGAUGUGGCAAUGAGGUGGGAGAAGAUUGCAGCUGCAGUUCCGGGGAAGUCGAAGGCCGCAUGUAUGAAGAGAGUUUCUGACUUGAAAAGGGAUUUUCGGAGUUCAAAAGCUAGUGCUGAGAGUUAGAUGAAAAGUUGGAUAUCUUGAUUGUUUACAGAAUUUUGAAUUUGAGGCAGCACUGGGAAGGCAAUAGGUGAUCUAAUAUCUCCCCUUACUCUUGUUCCUUCUCUCCCCUGGCCCCUUCCCAUUUUUUGACAUGAGAAAGUUACUACAAUAUACUAGAUUUUGUU